GUUUAUUUAUAAGCGAAUCUAUCGGAGAAGAAAGGCUCAAAAAGGGGAAAAAAAUCAACGGGCAAAAGAGGGCAGAGGAGGACGAAGAAGGCUGGUUCUUGAAGAAAUGGGGGAGUCGAGCGGGUCGGUCUCGGUCGAUGUGGAGAGGAUCUCGUUUGGAGGGAAGGAACAUCAUGUGUUGACAAAUAAUGGCCCAAUCUCGGUUGCUGUUUAUGGUGAUCUGGAAAAGCCUGCACUUCUUACUUAUCCAGAUGUAGCCUUAAAUCAUAUGUCAUGCUUUCAAGGAUUAUUUUUUUGCCCAGAAGCUGCUUCUUUGCUGCUUCAUAAUUUUUGCAUCUACCAUAUUAGUCCUCCAGGACAUGAGUUAGGUGCUGCUCCAAUUUCUUCACAUGAACCAGUGCUUUCUGUGGAUCAGUUAGUCGAUCAGGUGGCAGAAGUUCUUAAUUUCUUUGGUCUAGGUUCUGUCAUGUGCUUUGGUGUCACGGCAGGUGCUUACAUUCUCACCCUUUUUGCUACUAAAUAUAGGGAACGGGUUAUGGGGCUCAUACUUGUCUCACCUCUUUGCAAGGCUCCCUCAUGGUCAGAGUGGUUAUGCAGUAAGGUUGUAUCAAAUUUUCUUUAUUUUUAUGGAAUGUGUGGCUUGGUCAAGGAUUACUUUCUCCAGCGGUACUUUAGCAAGGAGGUUCGAGGAAAUUCUCAGGUCCCAGAAUCAGACAUUGUGCAAGCUUGUAGAAGUUUGCUGGAUGAAAAGCAAAGCGUUAAUGUUUGGCGGUUUCUUCAGUCAAUUAAUGGGAGAUACGACUUGACGGAAGCAUUGAAGAAGCUGCAUUGUAGGACACUGAUAUUCGUGGGCGAGGAUUCUCCAUUUCACUCAGAAGCCAUCCAUAUGACAUCGAAACUGGACAAGAGAUACUGUGCAUUGGUCGAGGUUCAGGCAUGCGGUUCGGUCAUUACAGAAGAGCAACCCCACGCAAUGUUGAUUCCAAUGGAAUACUUUCUGAUGGGGUAUGGGUUGUGCCGGCCAAGCCAGCUGGGCUACAGCCCCCGUAGUCCGCUGAGCCCGCUGUGCAUCUCACCGGAGCUGCUCUCGCCGGAAAGCAUGGGAGUAAAGCUAAAGCCCAUCAAGACAAGAGUAUCCCUUGACGUUUGAAACCAAUUGCAAUACCAAAAUCAAUUUUGUGGACCAUAUAAAACCGUGAGACUAUUUAUACAUAUAGAAGAUUUUUUAUUUAUUUUUUGUGGGGGGUUUUGGUGUAAAGACCAGUGUUACUGGACUGUAGAUAUUGUUGGCCGGCUGGAAUUGUUCAAUGGCUUGUGUAAAUUCAUUCUUUAAUAUAACAAACAAUAAGGGGCUUUUUCAGCUGUCC